AUGAAAGUGGACCAAAUGCCAGACUUGGACGGACUGGAACGUCGCUAUUGGCUCAUUCAUCAUACAGUCGAGGAGCGUUGGGCUCAAAUCAAUGCACAAAAGCACUACCAUCAACUGUUACGCGAUUUGGAAGAUGAACAGAUCUGGAUCCGUGAGCGAAUUACCGUAGCCAGUAACCAAGAUGUUGGUCGAUCGUUGUUGGCCGUGAACCAGCUCAUACGACGGCAUCGUUUAUUGAUCAAAGAAGUUUCCGGUCGAGAUGAGCGUGUUGAAGUCCUGCUAAAGGAAGCUGAUAACAUCUUGACUCAAUGGCGCUCGAAACAAUCGCAAUCUUCCACGUUAACCGACAAGACAAGAGGCACAGAUGAAGUCCUUGUCUAUGCGGAUCACGUGCGUUUUCGUCUGCCUACCAAAGUUCUACAAGACCUGGCCCAAAUUUGUACGGACAUCGAACGAGAUCGUGUGGAACUGCGUGAACGUCUGGAGCAGCGUACUUUCCUUUUGGAUGUCGGUUAUCGAUGCUUAAAACAUCUGACCGAUUUUGGUGAACUGUGCGCCUGGCUACAAGAAACAGAGGCUGUGGUCCUAUUGGAAUCUCGUGCCAGUCGAGACACCGUGACUGCUAAAGCCGAGUUGCGUAAACAUGCCAAUGUGGAACAACGUGUGACGGGAUUGUUAGCCGCUAGUGUCAGAGAUUUCAGUGAGUUUCGAAUUUUGCCAUAG